CAUAGUAAGUAAGUGAUGGGACGGAGAUUUCAAUGUCUGAAAAAAUGCGACUCCAGCUCACUCUUUUAGAUAUACAGUGGCUCCAUAAAAUAUCACCAAUCCCCCACACACUCUCUCUCUAAAAUCUCACCAUAUUCUUUGAUGGCCUCUUCGACUCCGCCACCGCACUAUUCUCUCACCACCUCCAAACCCUACCAAAACCACCACCACCACCACCACCACCACAGCCACCGUCAAACCCAUCAAAACUGGACCUCCCAAAAGGUCUCUCUCAACAACAGGUCCUCACACACCCCAACAACUCGAAAUGCCGCCAAACCACCACCAGGUUCCACCACCACCACCACAAACCCUAGUUUCCCCUCUCUCUCCUCUCUCCCUCCCUCAAAAUCGGAGCUUUCUGCCGAUUUCUCAGGCCGAAGAUCGACCCGAUUCGUCUCGAAGAUGCACUUUGGCCGCCCCAAGACCGCCGUCGCGAGCCGACACACCUCCACUGCCGAAGAAGCUCUCCACCAAGCAAUCCGACACAGUGGCGAUGAUAGACAUAUUGAUGGAUUGUUGCUUAAUUUCGAACAAAAGCUUUGUGGUACCGAUGAUUACACAUUCUUGCUCCGAGAGCUUGGAAAUCGAGGUGAGUACUCAAUGGCGAUUCGGUGUUUUGAAUUUGCUGUGCGAAGAGAGAGGAGGCGAAAUGAGCAGGGCAAGCUUGCGAGUUCUAUGAUUAGUGUUCUUGGAAGAUUAGGAAAAGUUGAUUUAGCAAAGAAUGUAUUUGAUACUGCUGUUAGUGAGGGAUAUGGGAACACGGUCUAUGCUUAUUCGGCUUUAAUUAGUGCUUAUGCGAAGAGUGGGUUCUGUGAUGAGGCUAUCAAGGUCUUUGAGAUCAUGAAAAAUUCUGGGUUGAAGCCCAAUUUGGUAACCUACAAUGCUUUAAUUGAUGCUUGUGGAAAAGGGGGUGCAGAUUUCAAUCGAGCAUCGGAGAUUUUUGAUGAAAUGUUGAGAAAUGGGGUUCAACCUGAUCGAAUUACGUUUAAUUCACUUCUUGCUGUGUGUAGUGGUGCAGGGUUGUGGGAGACUGCGAAGAAUUUGUUCAGUGAGAUGGUUUAUAGAGGGAUUGAUCAGGAUAUUUAUACUUACAAUACUCUUCUAGAUGUUGCUUGCAAUGGUGGGCACAUGCAUGUGGCUUCUGGGAUAAUGUCUGAGAUGCAUACAAAGAAUAUAUUGCCUAAUGAGGUAACUUAUAGUACUAUGAUUCGUGGGUGCGCUAAGGCGGGGAGAUUAGACAAAGCAUUAAGUUUGUUUAAUGAGAUGAAGUUUGCUCGUAUUAAAUUGGAUAGAGUUUCUUACAACACUUUGCUCGCAAUUUAUGCGAGCCUUGGUAGUCUUGAGGAGGCUUUAAGUGUUGGUGAUGAGAUGGAGAGUAUGGGGAUUAAGAAGGAUGUUGUCACAUAUAAUGCACUUCUGGAUGGAUUUGGGAAGCAAGGGAAGUAUGAUAAAGUUAAACAAUUGUUCCAAGAGAUGAAAGCAGAGCGUCUUUGGCCUAAUCUAUUGACUUACUCAACCUUAAUCAGUGUUUACUCGAAAGGCGGUUUGUAUCGAGCGGCAAUGGAGGUUUAUAAAGAGUUCAAGCAGGAAGGGUUGAAGGCGGAUGUUGUCUUUUAUAGCAAACUCAUCGAUGCAUUGUGUAAAAAGGGGCUAGUGGAGUCUUCUGCAUUAUUGCUUGAAGAGAUGACAGAGAAAGGGAUUCAACCUAAUGUAGUCACUUACAAUUCUAUAAUUAAUGCCUUUGGUCAGUCAGCAACUGGUGAAUAUCUAGAAGGAGCCAAUGAGUCUCCGGCUGAAUCUUCAAACUCGGUGGUUAUUCGGGAUGUCAUCAGGAGCAGGGUUGAAUAUGCAGAGGAUGACAGGAUCAUAAAUAUUUUUGAGGAGUUGGCUGCUGCAAAUUCAUGCCAUUCAAAGAAACAUAACAGGGGCAGACAGGAGAUUGUGUGCGUUUUGGGAGUUUUUCAAAAAAUGCACGAUCUGAAAAUAAAACCAAAUGUUGUCACCUUUUCAGCAAUUUUAAAUGCUUGCAGCCAUUGUAAUUCAUUUGAAGAAGCUUCAUUGUUAUUGGAGGAACUUCGUUUAUUUGAUAAUCAAGUGUACGGUGUGGCACAUGGACUUCUCAUGGGCCAUAGAGAGAAUGUAUGGAUGCAAGCUCUAUCACUUUUUAAUGAGGUGAAGCAGAUGGACUCUUCAACAGCAUCUGCCUUUUAUAAUGCUUUGACUGACAUGCUAUGGCACUUUGGGCAGAGACAAGGGGCCCAACUAGUUGUCCUUGAAGGGAAACGGCAUCAUGUAUGGGAGAACACAUGGUCUGAUUCUUGCUUAGAUCUGCAUCUGAUGUCUUCCGGUGCUGCACGUGCAAUGGUUCAUGCCUGGUUGCUCAAUAUUCGCUCUAUAGUAUUUGAAGGCCAUGAGUUGCCAAAACUACUAAGCAUUCUAACAGGAUGGGGCAAGCACAGCAAAGUAGUUGGUGAUGGCACGCUAAAGAGAGCAAUUGAGACACUCCUCAGUGGCAUGGGGGCACCGUUUGAGGUUGCGGAGUGCAAUAUUGGGAGGUUUAUAUCCAGUGGAGCUCUGGUGACAGCCUGGUUGAGAGAAUCAGGCACACUGAAAGUCCUCAUUCUUCAGGAUGACAGAACUCAAACUGAGGCUGCUACAUUGGACCACAUUUCUGAGUUGCAAACAAUCCCCUUGUAGUAGCUUGUAUUUCAAUGUAGCAUUUUCAUCUCUCUCUCUCUCGAUUUUUGGGCUUUAAUACCAACAUUUUUAUUUCAUGUAAAUUAAGUGGUCCGAAAAUGUACAUAAAAACUCCCAAAUGUAUCCGUUUAGUGUUGUUAACAGUGUUUUCUUUGUUCA